AUCUUUUUUCUGCUACAAUGACAAAUUUUGGACUAAAUUCUAGGAAUUACCCCAGAAACCUGACAUGGAAUUCAGUGAUAAAAUACAGGAAGACAUAAUGGAACACUUGACGCUUGACAAAUUGGUGGUAGAACUAAAAGAAAAGAUAAGGGAGAAAGAUACUGAACUACAACAAAAAGAUGAAGCUCUCCAGGAAGAAAGAAAAGCUGCUGCUAAGAAAAUAAAAGACCUAAAACUUCAUGCUAAAGCCAAAAUAAAUUCUUUGGAAAAAUGCAUAGAAGCAAUGAAGUCACAAGCUGCAACUGUAGAACCCAUAGAAUCUCAUUCCAUGGAGCAACUCCCCAAGCAUGACAAGAUUUCUAAAGAAGAAGAGAGUGAAGUAGAAAAAAUAAAACAAAAACUUCAGGAGAAGGAAGACCUCAUUAGAGGCUUGCACGACCAACUUGCCCAAGCACAAGCAGAGCAAGCUUCACAGCUUAAUAAAAGUUCAGAAGAGAUGGAAGAAUUUGUAAUGAUGAAGGAAAAACUCCAAGAAAAAGAAGAAGUCAUUGGCCUUUUGCAAGCCCAGCUCAACCAAGCACAGGCUGAACAAGCUGCUCAGUUGAGCUCCAUGCAGCAGGUCGUACGAGAAAAAGAUGCCCGCUUUGAAACACAGCUUCGUCUUCACGAAGAUGAGCUUCUUCAGUUAGUAACCCAGUCAGAUGUGGAAGCAGAGAUGCAACAGAAUUUGCGGCAACUGCAGAGGAAGCUUGAAGAACAUGAGGAAGCCUUGUUGGGCCGUGCUCAGGUUGUGGACUUAUUGCAACGAGAGCUAACUACCGCUGAACAGCAAAACCAGAUUCUUUCUCAGAAGUUACAGCAAAUGGAAGCUGAACAUAAUACGUUGAGCAAUAUCUUGGAAUCAGAAAGACAGGAAUCCAAGAUUCUGAUGGAAAAGAUGGAACUGGAUGUGUCAGAAAAAAAUUCAUCUUUACAUAACCUUAAAGAAGAAAUGCAGCAUCUUCUGGAACAGCUUGAGCAGUCUGCUCAAGCUCAGGCUGAACUGCAGUCCCGCUACAAGGAAUUGGAAUCUAAGCACCAAAUAGAAGUAGAAGAGAAGACCUCCCACAUUCUCAGUCUUCAAAAGACACAGCAGGAUCUGCACUCUGCCUGUGAUGCUCUCAAGACUGAAAACUCCAAACUACUCCAAGAACAGCAUCAACAGGCAGAGUCGGCCCAACAUUUGGCCCAAUCCAUGCAGCAACUGGAAGAGCAACUCCAGCAAAAAUCUGAAGAAAUAAGGCAAUUAUUGGAUAGACCAGUCCAGCAGAAAUUUGAAAUAGCUUCUCAGACUUCAUGCCCAGAUGUUUGUAAUGAAGGUACACAGGCAGACACUGAGGAGGAUACUGCCUUUUUGCGAGAGCGGAUAAUUGAACUAGAAAAUGAAAAGGGAGCUUUGCUUCUUACUUCUAGAGAAUUGGAGGAGCUAAAAGCUGAGAAUGAAAAACUGUCGUCUCAAAUUACUCUUCUGGAGGCUCAGAAUAAAGUUGCAGAGUCAGAUAAAGAAUUCAGUGAGAUUCUUUCUCAGAAGUUACAGCAAAUGGAAGCUGAACAUAAUACAUUGAGCAAUAUCUUGGAAUCAGAAAGACAGGAAUCCAAGAUUCUGAUGGAAAAGAUGGAACUGGAUGUGUCAGAAAAAAAUUUAUCUUUGCAUAAUCUUAAAGAAGAAAUGCAGCAUCUUCUGGAACAGCUUGAGCAGUCUGCUCAAGCUCAGGCUGAACUGCAGUCCCGCUACAAGGAAUUGGAAUCUAAGCACCAAAUAGAAGUAGAAGAGAAGACCUCCCACAUUCUCAGUCUUCAAAAGACACAGCAGGAUCUGCACUCUGCCUGUGAUGCUCUCAAGACUGAAAACUCCAAACUACUCCAAGAACAGCAUCAACAGGCAGAGUCGGCCCAACAUUUGGCCCAAUCCAUGCAGCAACUGGAAGAGCAACUCCAGCAAAAAUCUGAAGAAAUAAGGCAAUUAUUGGAUAGACCAGUCCAGCAAAAAUUUGAAAUAGCUUCUCAGACUUCAUGCCCAGAUGUUUGUAAUAAAGGUACACAGGCAGACACUGAAGAGGAUACUGCCUUUUUGCGAGAGCGGAUAAUUGAACUAGAAAAUGAAAAGGGAGCUUUGCUUCUUAGUUCUAGAGAAUUGGAGGAGCUGAAAGCUGAGAAUGAAAAACUAUCUUCUCAAAUUACUCUUCUGGAGGCUCAGAAUAAAGUUGCAGAGUCAGAUAAAGACGUCAGUGAGAUCACCAUGGAUGAUACUGGCAAGCUUGCUAAGAGAAGUGUUUCUACUGAGGAAACUGAACAAGAUAUAUCUGAGAAUACAUUUUCUCAGAAACAUAAGGAGCUAUCUGUUUUACUAUUGGAAAUGAGAGAAGCUCAGGAGGAGAUUGCAUUUCUUAAAUUGCAACUCCAGGGCAAAAGAGCUGAGGGUGACCCCGACAUCCUUGACCAGAAAGAGAUGAAACAGGUGGAGAGUGAAGGAAUAUUGCUUGAAGAUACAAGGGAUCAUUUUUCUCCAAUGCCAGACAAUGAGAUCACUCUUCCAGAAUCCGAAAAAGAAGAACAGAUGAGCACUAAACAUCAGAGUAGGACAUCUAAAGAAAUACCUUUAACUGAUGCUGGAAUGGAACUGAAAUCAACAAAGCAAGAUGAAUCUGAUAACCCCCCUUCAAAUAUAUCAAAUAUUUCUCAAUGUCACCAGGAUGAUACCGCAAUGUCACCAGAAGGACUAAAAAAUCAAAAUUUAGAACUUGAGACAAGCUGUGGUAAGAUGGAAGAACCGUAUGUGAGAAAUUUAGAUGAGAAAAAGGAAAUAAGCAGCCUAUCCCAGCAGAGUGAAGAGUUUGAGAAUAAUGCUGAAAAGGCCAACAAUGCUCUGUCUGAAGAAAAAGACCAGCCUCUUACACAAGUGAUAGAACUCAGUGUGUCAACAGCACAGAGGGUUCAAGUACAAGAUCUGGAAGUAAACUUUCCAGAAUCAGAAAGUCAAAGAGGACUUGACUGUAAAAACCAAACAAGUCAUCAUAACUUGCUUCCUGAACAGAUCCACAAUCUUAGUAUAGAAGGCAAAUCUCAGGCUGUGAAACUUGAAGAUUUACAAAAUGAACUUGAUAAUGUCCACCUUCAGUUUUCUGAGCAGAGUGAAUUAAUAAAAGACCUGCAAAGUCAGCUGCAAAAGAAGGAAAGUGAAGUACUUGAAAAAGAAGAAUAUGCUAAGGAUAUCUUAAAUAAGGUGGAAGAACUUUCCCAGAACCUUUCACAGAAGGAACUGGAAAUAGAAAAGAUGGAUCAGCUAUUACUAGAGAAAAAGAGAGAUGUACAAACUCUCCAACAGACCAUUGAAGAGAAGGAUCAACAAGUCAAAGAUAUUAACUUUAGUAUGACUGAGAAAAUGGUUCAGCUUAAUGAAGAGAAGUUUUAUCUUGGGGUUGAAAUUAACACUCUGAAAGAACAGUUGAAUUUAUUAUCAAGAGCUGAAGAGAAAAAAGAACAGGUGAAAAAAAAAGAGUUUUUCCCUGAACUUAAACAGAAUAGUGAAGCAUUGAACUCGGUAGGGCUAAUAAUAAGUAAAGAAGAACUUCAACAUGAAUUACAGCUUGUAAAGAGAGAAAAUGAACUGAGAAAAAGACAACUCCGGGCAGCCCUUACUCAUAGGAAGGAACUUCUACAGAGAGUUAGCAGACUAGAAGAGGAACUGGCCAAUGUGAAAGAUGAAUCUAGGAGUAAUAUCUCAGUCAAUGAGAUUGAAAAGAGGACAAUGGAAGAAGACAAAGAGGACUCAGACAAUUGCAUGAUACCUCAGUACCAAGAAAUGGAAAUUUCUUUAAAACAAACUCUAUCUAAGAAAGAAGUAGAUGUAGAGCACCUAAUGGAAGAUUUAGAAGGGGUAGCAGCUCAAGAGCAGCUACAGGUUGUGGUUCAAGAGUUGAGCCAGAAAUUGAAAAACAAGACAGACCAAAUAUAUUUGCUCCAAGAAGAACUUGUUGAAAAACAAGCAGUUAUUCAAAAGUUAACUUUAGGUGACCAGAAUGUAGGUGAUGGAGGGUUGGAAGUACCUGUAAAAGAAACUGCGUCAAUGAUUAUGACAGAGGCGGGUAGUGGAGAACACUGGCAACUAGAACUGGAAUGUAAGAUAAAGGAUCUUGAAAAAGAAAAGGAGCAGCUGCAAAAGAAGCUCCAGCAAGUGUUAGUCUCUCGCAAAAUGAUUAUCAAAAAAGCGCAGGAGAAAGAAAAACAUCUUAGGGAGGAGCUAAAGCAACAGAAAGAUGACUAUAAUCACUUGCAAGAACAGUUUGAUAUGCAAAGCAAAGAAAAGGAGAACAUUGAACACCAGCUAAGGCAACUCCAGAUUCAAAUAAGAGAGAGCGCUGACAGAAAAGGCCCAGGUAUUGGCCAACAAGAACUAGGAUCUCCCAUUCAGGGUUUAGAAGAACAAUUAUUUAAAGCUACAAAGCAGCAACUUGCCCAGCCAGUAUCAGAGUCCAGCUUAUGCCCAGACUGGCCUUCUCAUCCAGGAAGUGCAAAUAACCUGCAGGAUAAUAAUCUUAUUUCCCAAAUUAUAACUAAACUCAAAGAAGUAGAGACCGAGAAAGAGGAGGUAGAGUUAAAGCUUAGUACUACAACAUGUGAACUUACCAAAAAAUCAGAGGAGGUUCUUCAAUUACAAGGUCAGUUUAAAGAACAAGGUUUAGAAAUCCAGAGUCUGAAGGUAGCAGCUCAGGAAGCUGAGGCCCAGGUUGAUAGUCUAAGACAAAAAUUGGACAGCUGCCAACUAGAAAUCAAUGAAUUUGCACAUUUAAGAGAAUUACAAUCUGAGUUAGAUGAACUGCAGAAGCUCAUAAGAGAAAAGGAACAAGAAGUUCGAUUCCUUUCUGAACAAGUAAGUGGGAAAGAAGCAAUCCUUACGAAAAUGCAGGCAGAGGUAACAGAACAAGAGGAUUUAAUCAAAGCUCUUCAUACACAGUUAGAAAUACAAGCUAAGGAGCAUGAUAAGAAGAUUAAGCAGUUACAGGUGGAGCUUUGUGAAAUGCAAGAAAAACCAGAUAGGAUCGGAGAAGAAAAUAAAGCAAAGCAACAAAUGCAGAGGAAACUGCAAGCUGCUCUUAUUUCCAGAAAAGAAACACUGAAAGAAAACAAAAAUCUCCAAGAGGAGUUGUCUUUGGCCAGAGAUACCAUUGAACACCUGACCAAAUCUCUGGCAGAUGCAGAGAGCCAGCUUUUGGCUGCAAAGAAAGAAAAAGAUAUAUUCGUAGGAAAAUUAACGCUCCUUCAGGAAGAAAGAGACAAACUCAUCACAGAAAUAGAUCUAUCUUUAGUGGAAAAUAAAAGUCUCAAUGGUUCUUGUGAAAGCCUGAAGUUAGCUUUGGAGGGUCUUACUGAAGACAAAGAAAAGUUAUUGAAGGAAAUGGAAUCUUUAACAUGUUCUAAGGUUGCAGAAAGUACGGAAUGGCAAAAGAAACACCAAGAGUUACAAAGAGAAUAUGAAAUCCUUCUGCAAUCCUAUGAGAAUGUCAGUAAUGAGACCGAAAGGAUUCAGCAGACUGUUAGGCAGGAAAAGCAAGAAUUAAAUGCUAAGUUAAGAAACGCACAAACAAGUAAGAAAGAGACAGAAAAGCUACUGCAGGAAGCUGGACAGGAAAUAGAGGAAAUGAAAGAAAAGAUGAGAAAGUUUGCUAAGGCCAAACAGCAGAAAAUUAUAGAAUUGGAAGAAGAGAAUGAACAGCUUAGAGCAGAAGUGUCCUCUGGAGAUGGGCCAUCUAAGGAUUGCAUAGAAUCACUUCGCACUUCAAAUUCCAGCAUGAAGGAGGAGCUAGAAAGAGUCAAAAUAGAGUAUGAAACCCUUUCUAACGAGUUUAAGGUCCUAAUAACUGAGAAGGAGUCUCUAAGUGAAGAGGUCAAAGAUUUAAAGAAUCAGAUAGAAAUGAAUGUGUCUAAAUCCAUUCAUUCAGAUGCCACAGAGAUGCAUAACCAAACGAAUACCAUUGAAGGGACAACACAGUCUGUUCCUGUAGAAGAUAAUGAGCCAGGAUCUUUGAAUACAAGUGUAAAAUCUGAAAAAUUAGACUCAUUUCCACCAGAGAACAGUACCAAGCCCAAUAUUAGUGAGAACAUCAGCUCACAUGAAAUAAGUAAUUACCUACAACAGAUUGACCAGUUCAAAGAGAGAAUUGCUGAAUUAGAGGAGGAAAGGCAGAAAGGAAGGGAAUGUAACCAGACUUUAGAAAAGGAGAGAGACACUUUACUGACUCAAAUAACAGAAAGGGAAAGAGAAUUGAACAUGCUUCGGGAAGAAGUCAUCCAGAUUAACCUGUUAAAUCAGCAAAUCCAAGAAGAGUUUGCCAGAGUUACCAAGCUAAAGGAAACAGCAGAAGAAGAGAAAGAUGAUUUAGAAGAGAGGCUUAUGAAUCAAUUAGCGGAACUUAAUGGUAGCAUUGGAAAUUAUUAUCAGGAUGUUACUGAUGCUCAGAUAAAAAAUGAACAACUAGAAUCUGAAAUGCAGAAUCUAAAAAAAUGUGUGGAUGAGUUGGAAGAAGAAAAGCAGCAGUUAGUAAAGGAGAAAACUCAGGUGGAAUCAGAAAUAAGGAAAGAAUAUUUAGAGAAAAUAAAAGGUAGUCAGAAAGAGCCUGUCAAUAAAAGCCAUGUAGAGGAACUUCAGGAGUUGUUAAAAGAGAAGCAGCAUGAGGUAAAGCAACUGCAAAAGGACUGUAUCAGGUACCAAGAAAAAAUUGGUUCUCUGCAGAGUACUAUGAAAGCCUUAGAGUUUGUUCAAACUGAGUCCCAAAAAGAUUUGGAGACAACCAAGGAAAAACUUGCUGAAGCAAAUGAACACUGCAAGAAGGCAGAUAAAGAAUUAGCUUGUUCUAAAGUACUACUGGAUGACACUCAAAGCGAAGCAGCAAGGGUCCUAGCAGAUCAUCUCAAGUUGAAAAAGGAACUUCAGUCGAUCAAAAAAUCAGUUAAAAGCCAGAUGAAGCAAAAGGAAGAUCUUGAAAGAAGGCUGGAGCAAGAAGAAGAGAAACACCUAGAAGAAAAGAAGAAUAUGCAAGAGAAACUGGAUGCUUUGCACAAAGAAAAAGUCUGCCUGGAAAAAACAUUUGGAGAGGUUCAGAUAAUCUUGAAACAAAAAGACAAAGAUGUAAAGCAACUUCAAGAAUACCUGGAUACUACUGUGGCUCAGCUUGCAGCCUUUACUAAAAGCAUGUCUUCCCUCCAGGAUGACAGAGUGAUAGAUGAAGUCAAGAAGUGGGAGAGGAAGUUCAGUGAGGCAAUUCAAACCAAAGAGGAAGAAAUUGGACUGAAAGAGGAGAAGUGCAGUGUUCUAAAGGAUCAACUUAAGCAGAUGUCCUUCCAUAUGGAGGAACUGAAGAUAAACAUAUCUAGACUUGCACAUGAUAAACAAACUUGGGAGUCCAAGGCCCAGACAGAGGUCCAGCUUCAAGAAAAGAUCUGUGAUGCUCUGCACGGGGAAAAGAAAGAACUUUUGUCCCAGCUAGAAGAGACUCGACAAUUAUACCACAAUUCUCAGUCUGAACUAGCCAAGUGGGAAUCAGAAUGUCAGAUUCUCAGAGACCGGUCAAUUGAUUUAAAUAACUCUUUAGAAAAAUGUAAGGAAGAGAAAGAAAAUUUGGAAAAACUCAUAAAGCAACAAGAAAUCUAUAUACAAGAUUGCAAGCUUAAUUAUGAACAGCUAGAAACUGAUCUUCAAGGCUCCAAAGAGCUGAUAAAUAGACUACAUGAAGAAAUUAACAUAAAAGAGCAGAGGAUUAUAGGCCUACUUUCUGCCAAGGAACAGGCAAUCCAAGUAGCUGUUACUGAACUGCAUCAACAACAUGAUAAAGAAAUAAAAGAAUUGACAAAUCUGCUUUCCCAUGAGGAAGGGCAUAGUGUUUUAGGUGAAGAGAAUAAAAAAACUACUCACAAAACCAAUCAACUUACAGAUGCACUGAAAGCUAUCCAAAAAGAAAACAUACAGCAAAAGGCUCAGUUAAAUUCCUUUGUUAAGGCUAUGUCUUCUCUUCAGGAUGACCGAGACCGCAUCAUUGGUGACUAUCAAAAGCUGGAAGAGAAGCAUCUCUCAGUAAUUGUAGAAAAAGAUGAACUGAUCCAGGAUGCCGCUGCUGAAAAUAAUAAACUUAAGGAAGAAAUCAGAUGCUUGAGAAGUCAUAUGGACGACCUCUAUUCUGAGAAUGCUAAGCUAGUUGCAGAACUGAUCCAGUACAGAGAAGACCUAAACCAAGUGAUAACAAGCAAGGACCUUCAACAGAAACAACUUCUUGAAGUUCAACUUCAGCAGAGUAAGGAACUACAAAGCAAAUAUGCCAAAUUAGAAGAAAAGCUGAAAGAAUCUGAAGAAGCAAAGGAAGAUCUGAUGCGGUCUUCUCUUGUCCUCCAGGAGGAAAAAAAAGGGUUAUCAAAAGAGAUUGAUAACUUGCAGUUAUCUGUAUCCCAACUAAAGAGACAAGUGACAGCCUUGCAAGAAGAAGGUGCUUUAGGGGUAUUUCAGGCACAAUUAAACACAAAAGAAGAAGAAGUUCAGAUAUUAAACUCCAAACUUUCCUUCUCUCAGAAGAGAAUUGCAGAAUUGGAAGAGGAAUUGAUUCGAGUUCAGAAGGAAGCUACCAAGAAAUUAGGUGAAGUUGAAGAAAAAUUGAAGAAAGAAUUAAAGCAUCUUCACCAUGAUGCAGGUAUAAUGAGAAAUGAAACGGAAACAGCAGAAGAAAGAGUGGCAGAGCUAGCAAGAGAUCUGAUGGAAAUGGAAAAGAAACUACUCGUGGUCACGAAAGAAAAUAAAGAUCUCACGGCACAAAUCCAAUCUUUUGGAAAUUCUAUGAAUUCCCUACAAAAUAGUAGAGAUAAAGCUAGUGAAGAACUUGGUGAACUGAAAAAGAAAUAUGAUGCCAGGAUGAAAGAGUUGGUCCAGCUGAGAAAACAGGGCUUUCUAAACAGAGAAAGAGACACUCUUGUUUAUAGAGCUGCUUUUCCAGUGCACACCAUGAAAAAGAGCAACUUUCCUAACCUUCAGAAGGGCAACCAACAGUUUCUGUCUAAAGAUGAGCAACUACGCUACUUGUCCUCACAACUAGAAGAUUCUUACAACCAAGUGCAGUCCUUCUCUAAAGCUAUGAACAGUCUACAAAAUGAGAGGGAUCACUUGUUGAAUGAACUGGAGAAAUACCGCAAGUCAGAAGAUGGAAAGCAGAGAUCUGCAGCCCAGUCUUCAAUGAGCCGAGCUGAAGUACAGAGUUUAAAAAAAGCUAUGUCAUCACUCCAAAAUGACAGAGACCGACUACUGAAAGAAUUGAAGAAUCUGCAACAGCAAUACUUAAAGAUUAACCAAGAGAUCAUUGAGUUGCGUCCACUGAAGGCUCAACAUCAAGAAUAUCAAGAUGAAACAAAAAGAUUUCAGAUUUUACAAGAAGAGCUCAGGCAGGAAAACCUUUCCUGCCAGCAAGAACUGCAUCAGCUCAGAAAAGAAAAGGACUCAUGGGAAAUUUAUGAGAGGAGAAUGAAGGAGCAGUACCUUAAGGCUAUCUCAGACAAAGAUCAGCAGCUCAAUCAUCUGCAAAACCUCAUGAGCAAAUUAAGAGCUUCUUCCUCUCAAAUUGAUACCCUCAAAGUACAGGAGACGCUAUAUACAGAUGUUGCUCCAAGAGCUACCCAAGAAAAGAAUGGAAUCCACAGGAAAAGUGAUCCUGAAGAUCUGGGAGAGCCACAGGAAAGAUUGGAGCACAGUGAACGGGACUCUGCUUGUACUCCUCUCAUUAGCCCCCAUGUUACUCAAGAACACCCAGUGAUCAUUGAUCUUACAAGCAACUGUCAAAGGACUCGAAGUAGUGCCAGAUGGAAGCGGUUCCUGCAGUCACUCUUUCAUUCCCGGUCCCGGGUGCCUGUGCUAGCAACCAUCUAUGUUGUGAUGAUUCAUGCCCUGCUGAUUUUAUGUUUCACCGGCCAUAUAUAAACAGUUCUCACCUUUUCAUUCACCUCCUCAGAACUUAGAAUGCAAAAAAAAAAAAAAAAAAAGAACUGAGAAUGCGAAUGCCCUCGCCUUUAACAUCAGUUCCAACAGAAGAGUCUUCCUCUUUACUGGUCAUCUCUCCGACACCUAGUGGAACAGAUCGGCUAACACGAGGUGGAUAUAGGAAUCCAAAAUUAAGCUGCAGGAAUCAGCAAGUCUGCUUUUUUUUUUCUGCUCGAAUCCUGAAUACUUCAUAAUCAGAAGAGAUCACACAGUCAUGAGCCUGAUUUUACUUCAGAAUUUGCAGGACCCCAUCCUCUCUGUCUGGUGAAAGAUGCUUAGAAUUUUUAUCAAGCAAAGUAUCAUAAAACUAAUAAUCUGAAGUCCAGAAUGAUUUUUCAUUAAUACUUCUUUUCCUUGUUUACCAUGUUUUCUCGGGUAGUUCACUCUGCCAUGAACCAAAUUCUAGAGAGUGUUUCUCGUGAAAGAGUUAAGUAUUUCUCUUGCAGUAUAGGUGGAAGCUAAUUAACUACCCAGGAGUCUCGAUCCCUACCUCUUCAAUCAUAAUUGGAGUGCAGUCUGUUUGUGCCUUGGACUAUAAGAUUCAAUCUCACUGCUAUGCUCUUCCUUGAUUAUACACCAAGGUGUACAGGAAAGGCAGGAAAAAAUUAGUGUGAAUAGGGACAUCAAUGUCCUCAUUCA